AUGUCGCAGCACCAUCCUUCUUCUUCUCUUCAUGGAUCCAUUUCCUCCUCUCAAUAUUCCUCCCAUACCAUCAACACGUACUCUUUCAAGAUUCAUUUCCUAUCUUGUUGUUGUUCUACAUUACUGCUCUUAUUUCUCUUCUGUUCUUGUUUUCUACAACAAACAGUGAAUGCGCAAUCUAUUCGACUCGAAAUUUCUCAUCAUACCGUAGUGGCAAGCUCUCAAGAAGUGAUAUUCACACUCAAUCCGACGAAUCCAUUCAGCGCUUCUAGUUAUUCAUCGAUCGUCUUUAGUUGUGUGAGUGCAGCAUGUUCUGGUUCUUCUGUUAUUGGUGGAGGUGAUAACAAGAAACCUUUCGCAAUCUUGACCACCGGAUGGACUCCAUAUGCUUCCCUGAUUGAGAAGCAAGUAUUUGAGUUUAAAGCAACAGUGGUGCGAAAUUCCAUCGAGGAAGUUAGUAAUUCUGUCUUUUUGACAGUACUUCCGAAAGCCAUGAAUUUGCAAUCGACGAAUUUAUGGAAUCCGGGUGAAAUAAUGAAGUGUGACGGAGCCAAUUGUUAUUACGAAAGUUUUUUAGAUGUCAUUCCAAAAACGUAUGGGAGCAAGGCUGUUGGAGAGGUCUCUAUUCGUUAUUUAUUGGAUGGAGUUCCUAUAACUGCAUGGGAAGAUAAACAAUUUUUCAAAAUUUCAGCAUCCCAACUCGUAGCAAGUAGUGGAAAUGUGCGAAAUUUAACAGCCAUGGUCAUGUCACAAACGUUACAAAAUUCAACCUUCACAACAAUGAUUACUGGAAGUGUGGAUUUAUAUGGAUUUUAUUUAAUUAAGGGAGGAAAUCGAACACAUUCGAUGGAUAAGGAUUUGUACUUGUCCAUUGGUUCGUCCAAUUUGAAAAAUUAUCCUUUGAGUUUAUUGAGCUCGGUGACUUGGACUUGUUCUCGUUCACAAUCUGGGGCUACACCAUGUCCAUUCACAUCUUUUGUUACGAGUGGAUUGAAUACUCAAAUUAAGGCAUCGGAUUUGUUGGCUCUCAAUAUCACUGGUCGAUUUUAUUUCAAAGCUCAAGUGACAUCUAUUUAUGGAGAACAAGCAACGUUGAAUUCGACCAUUGAUUUGUCUGCAAUUUCUCUUCCAAAUUUGUAUGCUGAACCACUUGCACCUUUUAUUAGUUGUUUCUCAGGAUCUGCUACGACGUUUAGUGCGAGAAUUUUUGUCGAUCAAAUUUCAGCUGCCAUGACCAUUGCUCGAGUGGUGGGACAACAAUCCGAUUUUGGAUCUAGUACUUCAAAACACACGACUCAAAAAGGAACAAUUUUCACAGUAACCAUUAAUGCCUACAAUUGCCAAAAAAUUCAAUAUGCAGAGACAUAUGGAAUCACUUUGCAAAAUGGUGUCACCAUGUACGUCUACUUGACAAGUAUGAUUGUACGAUUGGAUGCUCCUAGCGCAGUCAAUUAUUAUUCAAUGAACAAGUAUGCCUAUGAAAGUUAUGGUGUUGCCGUGUGGGAAAUGGCCUCGCUCAAUAAUCAAGAUUUAUCACUUUUGGAAAUUACAACAGACGACGGCACUGUUGUGGUCUCGAAACGCAAUAUUUAUUAUUCCAAAUUACCUUACUUGACGGGAAAUUUCAAGUUUUGGUUUUCACACAAGUAUGGAGGCAAAAUGUAUUAUCCAGCCUAUUCGAACCCUUACCUUCCUAGCUCGUUAUCUAAUUUAGGAUGCAAUAAUCUUUUGGUCUAUGCAAAUACAGCCAUGGAUUAUAUCAAUAACCAACUCGGUUCUCUCAAUCUAACAAGUGUGAAACGAAUUUCAGAAAUGGACACAUUAUUGAAAUCAUUUCUCUUUUGUUCCUAUGGCAGCACCUUUACUGACAAUCAAGCAUCUCUCUAUUAUUUUAGACAAUUAGCAACCACUGUCGCUGGAAACAUGUUAACAGAAGUGGAAAAGGCAAAAGAUCUCAUGCAUGACAUGGACGACUAUUUGGCAAAAAUGUUGAAGAGUUUCACACAAAAUAUUCUCACUUUCACCAACGUUACUGGUAUCUAUGAUGAAGUGAUGAAAAAUGGAGCUUGGAAAACAGCACUUAUUGGAAAUGUUCAAUUAGUGACCUCGAAUGGUAUGGAAAUUCCAUAUUUCCCUUCAGGUGCUUCUACUUUUCUCGUUGAUUCUGCAAUGGAUGGUUCAAACCAAAAUAUGGAACAAUAUGCUUCCAAUAUUGCUCAAGCCGUUGAUGCCUUACAUUCUCUCUAUGAAUCCUCUAAUUCGACAUUAACUCUGAAGGGUUUCAAAAUGAUGACCAGAUAUCUCUAUUCAUUGACUGAAACACAAUCUCUAUCUAGUGGAUUAGAGGCCAAUCCAGUGAAUGUUUCCAUUACAUUUCCUAAAAGUGGUAUUGUCGAUAAUGGAUUUUUUGGAGAUUAUCGACUUGCGACAUCAUCCAUGGCUGUCAGUCAACCACAAAAUGAAACCAAAGUUGCAAAUACUUUUGUCAUUCCAAUGGUUGUGACAGCUCAUAUCACAAGAUUAGAAGAUAAUUCCAUCUUGUCAGUCUCCAAUCUCACAGAAACCAUUAAGAUUUCAUUUGAUCGUUACCAACCAUCUCGAACCAAUUACGACGACUAUGUGAAUGGAAACUUAAAAGUUGCAUGUGUGUAUUAUGACACUGUCAGUGAAAAGUGGUCAUUGAGUGGAGUGACCACUCGUAUCAAAUCUUCAGAUGGUUUUCUAACCAUUGAAUGUGAAACGACACAUUUAUCAUCAUUUGCAGUGAUUUAUCAAGAUGUUUCGAGAGGAUUAAGUGGUGGAGCUAUUGCUGGAAUUGUAAUUGGAAGUUUGGUUGUAUUUGGAUGUUUGGUCGGUUUGAUCGUGACAGCUGUUCUUGUUGGAUACUUUGUUAUUUAUCCAAGAGUGAUGAAAAAUAAGAAAAUUUCCUCAUCCGAACGAGAGAAAACAGGCACUACAACUUCGACCAAAUUAGAAACUGUGAACAUGAUCAAAUCUCCAACUGUUUCUGAUACGACGAGUCCAAUCCCUCUCUCUCAAGACACGGAUAAGAAUUUUACAAAUUCUCUCUUCAUUUCAGAAUAUUCUUCUGUUCGAACGGACAAUGUUGCAUCGAGUCCAAGUAGUGCCUCUUCCACAAUGGAUUUGGUCAGCAAAAAGUAUGAAAUUUUGGAAAAGAUUGGAGCUGGAGCUUUUGGUUCUGUAUUUAAGGCAAGAUACUUGUUAUAUUCAGGAAAACCAGGAGAAGCUGAAUAUGUUGCGAUUAAGAGAGUCAACCUGACUGGAUUAUCUGAAUUGAAUGAAAAAUUCCAAGAAGCUGUGAACAUGUUCAAGAACAAACAUGAAAAUAUUGUGACACUUCAAGAUGCCAUUGUCGAUCAAAAUACCAUGUCUCUCUUUUUAGCCAUGAAAUAUUACAGUUUUGGAGAUUUGGAAAAGAAAGUGAAAGCCAAACAGAGACUCUCAGAAAAAAUGUUAAAACAAAUUAUUUAUCAAGUGUGUAAGGGAUUGAAUUACAUUCAAGUAGAAAGUGGAAUGAUUCACAGAGAUGUCAAACCUUCCAAUAUUUUCAUUGAUUCCAUUGACGAGAAGGAACAACGCAUUCGAGUAGUCUUGUCAGAUUUUGGUCUCGCCAAAGAAAGUGACAUGAUGAGUAGUUUCUCUUUCGCUGGUACUCCUUAUUUUAUGAGUCCUCAACUUCUCAUUGGAUCCAAAUACAGUUUUAACACAGAUAUUUUCAGUUUGGGAUGUAGUAUCUUUAUCAUGAUUACUUUUGAUGCAAGUCAAUCUUUGGCUCAACUUUAUUUGAGAAAUCAAUCGAAUGUGAAUGUGGUUCAUUCCUUCAUUACAGAGAGUAUUGAAAAAGCUGCUCCACAUCAAUACAGCAAGGAAUUUAUGGAUGUAUUAUUGCAAAUGUUAGAAUUUGAUGCAGACAAGAGACCCAAUGCAAAGGAUAUUUUGGAAAUGAGUUUUUUCAAAGACAUUCAAUGA